CCCACGGCGUUCUCACGGGUAGGCAUCCUCGACGCUGUCACAACCCACGUUGUCGUGGGUGAUCAGGCCCUCCUCCUCGCAAGCACGCCGACUUUUACCAAUUGCCUGGUCAUGAUGCGCCCGAAAACGACACGCGAAGAUCUGCCGACGCGCUCAACGGUCCGUACGAAUAUCAAGAACAAGUUUGUAGACUACGUCCAGUCCAUC